AUGGCCAUGGCAACCACCAUGCAAUCCACCCUUGCAACAGCUAUGACACGCGUAGCCAACAGAACCAGAGAUCUCCAGGUCGUCCCUCCCAGGUCGGUGCUACGUCUUCAAAGGAGUGCUGUGCAGGUGCGGUGCACCAAGGAGGAUGGCCAAAUCGAACGGCCACCUCCUGUCACCACCAACCCCCAGCAGCCACCCUCACUCUCACAGUCACGUCAACCGAUCCCUCCUCCUCCUCCUCCUCCUGCGCCUAAGGUGAGCACUAAAUUUGGGGAUGUGUUCGCAUUUAGUGGGCCGGCACCGGAGAGGAUCAACGGCAGGCUUGCCAUGGUAGGCUUUGUUGCGGCAAUGGGUGCGGAAAUAUGGAAGGGUGAGGAUGUGUUUGCUCAGAUAUCCAACGGUGGGAUUCCAUGGUUCCUGGGAACCGCUGUUGUACUCUCACUGGCUUCUCUGAUUCCCUUGUUCAAAGGUGUGAGCGUGGAGUCCAAAUCGAAGGGGUUGAUGACUUCUGAUGCGGAGAUGUGGAAUGGGAGGUUUGCCAUGUUGGGUCUGGUUGCACUCGCCUUCACUGAAUAUCUUAAAGGUGGUGCUCUUGUCUAG